ACAGCUUAAUUAGUUAGCCUGAUUGAAAAUCCGAACGAAAUUUGAAUACGGAGAUCAAAAUUUAUUGCGCACUUGAGAGGCAUCUUCGUGACGUGUGGCUGUUGCCAUGACGACUGCACACGGAAAAACGUGACCGGCCAUCAAGCAGAGGAUAAAGAUCGUGUAUUCAAGAUGCCGCAAAUUCCGCUUUUCCAAAAUACCAGCCUCGAAGCAACCUCACGAGAUGGCUCCUGAGAGGAAGGUGCCUGUGGAGAAGUCGGACUUUCACGUCCUGGACGACGAGUUCCACUCCAUGCGCGGGAGAUUUGAAACGGAGAUGAAGCGCAUGGAGGAGGAGAUGGCCCGCCUCCGGACACGCCUCCAAGAACACGAACGCCCCUCCUCCUUCCAAUCUAGUGCGUCCAUCCGCAUGUCAUCCACCGAGGAAUCGUCUUCCACACGCAAGAGCGAUUCCUGGAUGGAUGAUUUCAGUUCGCCCCUCAUCACCCAGAAUGGAGACGGUGGGGAAAAGAGCCUCAAGCUGAGGUUUGACGUCAGCGACUACGCCCCAGAAGAGAUACUGGUCAAAACAAUCGACAACAAAUUGAAGGUGAGUGCCAAGCACGAAGAAAAGAGUCCCCACAAGACAGUCUACCGAGAGUACAACCGAGAAUUCCUGCUACCCGCCGGAACAGACCCAGAGCUCAUUCGAUCCGCCCUGUCCAAAGACGGUCUGCUCACCGUGGAGGCGCCCCUGCCGCCCGCCCUGCAGGCCGGAAGAGAGAGAACCAUCCCCAUCGACAAGUGCUGAAUUGGCCCCUCCUACUUUUCAGAAUAAUGGCAGUCUUUAGCGGCUUCACUUCAUUAGAUGUAGAUCAUCCGUUCCGCCGUAGGGUUUUGAAAUUGGAUUGUGUGAAUGCUUAUAUGUUUGACGACCUCGAGCGGUCGCUACUGAACGGUUGAUCACAUGACAGCUAAUGACGUCAGCGCAUGCUAAAGCAUUGGAGAUGACGUCAUUAUUUGUCAUGUGAUCAACCGACCGGUAAACUACCGGUUGAUCAACGAACGCAACCAAAGUACGUAUGCGAUUUUGCUUCCCCUGGAGUGGAAUGUCAUCUCAUUUCUUUUCGGUGCGUAAAACGAUUAUACUCUAUGUUAGAGCGCAAAAAAAUUUCAGUAACCCUGCCGGACCCAGGGGCACAUUCAACUCUGACAGAACUUGAUCGAAUCGAAUACGAUCAAUUGUAUCGACCAAUAGCGAUGCCAUAAAUUUCCUCUACUCUACCCAGAAGGAAAUUUCUCGCUACGUUUCUGGUAGAAUUAGACCGAAUAGAGCAGUCUAUUUGAAUAUCAGGCCCUUAGAUUAUUUUUUUUUUUUAAGUUUCACAACUUAUUUCCCAUUUUUAAAGCCAUUUUUGAUCGGCCAACACGGCUCCAUGCGUCGAACACUACGUUAGGAACUUAGAACAGACAUUAGUGGAGGAGGCAUAGAGUAGUUUCUCAACCGCCAACAUAAAAAGUUUUACUCUAUGACUUGUUACAUGUCAUUUCCGUCGUACUUCAAUGGAAUAAAAACGCUAAUUAUUGCUUUUUGGCGAGAAAUAUUUUGUACAACUUCAGCAUAAUUAAACUAAUAACAAUUAAUGAUCGUCAAUGAAUUUGGCACUCAGAGCAAGGCGAAAAACCUAUGGAAGUGAAGAAAUGACCAAGUCUUCGAGUUUUUCUCGUAAUUUUGUGAAUUUCGUGGAAUAAUCUUUUUGCAGGUAUAAAAUAAUCAGAAUAUAGGAUCUCAGGUAAAAUGGAGGUUCUAUAAUCCCUCCUUUUACUUUCGUGUUUUAGACACCCACUUUUUUCCCCCCGCAUUCUAUAUAUUCCCACCUUUUCCUCUCAGGUGCUAGAUUCUCUCCACUUUUUCUCUCACGUUUUUUACCAUAAAAAAUAAAUAAAUAAAUAAAAGUAAAAUAAAGCCAAGUAUAGAUUUUUGUACUUUUAUUACAUGAUGCAUAUAUAUUUUAAGAAGUUUUUUUAAUUGUAUGCCAUUAGAACUGAGGUUCCUUCGUUGUGCUGAUUUACGCAGGGUUAAACACGGGACCACAGUUUCCUAUAUAGGCCUUGAAAUUUGCUUACCAAACUAUUUUCCGUCCGCUACUUUUUGCUAUGCUGUGAAUAUUUUGUUACAUUGCUAAUUCACUAAUGCACAGAUAAUUUUCAAACAAAAAAAGAGCUUUUUAUACUCAGGAUUACAUAUGCUUUAAAAUUUCCUCACAGUUCAAUAGUUUUUAAUAAUGUUAAGUGCAAUUUUUUUCAACUUGUCAAUGUGGAGCAACCAGGUAGCACUAAAAACGCUCUAUAAAUCUAUUGAAAUGGUUGUCAACGUUGUGAACAUUUAUAAACGUUUGUGAAACGGUUAAACGUUACUUGAGCUGCUUGGGAAUACUUCCUCCAUCUCCAAUUAGUGGCUGAAUUUGAAUACUUUUGCACUUGUUGUUGAUGCUAUUGAUUUUGUGAUUUUUUUUUUGUUCCGAUAUUUUUUAAAGAUUUCUGGGUUACUAUGCUAUCGAUUCACACAAACUUACCAAGCAUUUUAUCCUUACAUCAAUGUCAAAUUACUUGUAGUUUCAAAAGUCCAAACUUCGCACACUAGUAAGCCACGCCCCAUUUUGUGAGGACUCUACCAUCAGUAUAUAAGAACGAUCAGUUUACUUUCUAUUGAGAUUACGAUUCAGAUAGAAGCUAGUUUUAUGCGAUUACGGAUUGACGAAUCCUUAAAAAUGGGGCGUGGUUUGAGACAGUCUGAACCCAGGAUUUUGAGAAUGAAUUUGGUACUUAUCUUUCAGGAGGUAAUGCUUGAUAUUGUUCGUUUACCAGAAGAAGGCACUUAGAUCCGCCUUCGACACGUGGUUUCCGAUGGUUCUAUUGCUAUUUUUGGGAGAAGGUUUAUGAUCAUUGCAUGUUGCCGUAAAAGCGGCAGUUUUUAAAUUUUGAAAUGCGUUUAAUUCUAAAUUCAGUGACGCAACAACCCGUGGGGGCCAAGGCCUACUGUGCCCAUCUCAGUUUUUGAAAUGUAUCUAACAAAAUUAGAAUAACGAAAGUAACAGCAGACAAGCGAAGCAUGUGACGUAGAGGGCACUAGUACUUUUUCGUACAUUUUAUUGUACGCCAAAGAAGAGGUUGUUGCACUUUCAAGCACAUGGACGUAUUCACCGAUCACCCCUGCACUAAAAUAAACUCUGCGAUCGAAAUGGCGGGGCGAAGUGCCAUUUCGUUGUGAAUGCACAAUAAUGGUCGUUGAUGGAUGGCAUAGCAACAUGAAAGAUUUGAAAAAUGUUUAACCAAACGCAUAAAAUAGUCAUUUGAUACAAAAGUAUUCAAAUGUAGCAAUUAGAUUGGGUUAAAAUUUUUGAGGUAUAGCGACUAAUUUGAGACGAAGGGAGUGUCUGAUACAAGAAAUACAGGGAGAUAAUCUGAUGUCUCGAGCUAUUAUAUCAGAAACGUGUUUAUUCACACAAUCCUAUUUCAUUCAGCGUAAUGCAAUAAUUUAUUUCAUUCUUAUGGAGGUCAAUGCAUUUUAUUUUCAUGCCCCACAUUUUGCAUAGUAAUGAACUCUCUUGCUGUGGUGCAGUCUCUGUAGAGAUUGUGGGCUUCGUUCCAAAACUUAACAGCAGAUUUCGUACACGCCAAUCUCUUAUUCGUUGCGUCAGUCCAUGGCCUCACUUAACUCUUAUAGGCCGUAACAAUCGCUGAAACUCAUGGCAACAAAGAGGGCGCUACAGGGAAUCCCUGUUUUCCAUACGUUGCCAUUGUUUGGUGGGUGCAGGGGUUCCAUUCAGCGCCUCUUUCGGUCAAAAUGGGCGACGUCCAAUCAAAAAUAAACGAACUUUGAAACGUUGACAUUGAUUGUGGAUGCAUGAGCUGUAUCGGCUUAACACAGAAAAGUCAUAAAUUGUCAAGGCCCGUUAAGCGUCAGCGCCAUUUAGUGGGGCCAUGGUCAGUCGUCUAGUCUGUCAAAAUCUCCAACUAGUGUAAUCAAGGUACAUUGAUUCAAAUAUGCAGGGAUUUAGAUUUUUGAUGUUGAAUACAUGGUACUUGUCGUGUUGCUUAACAAAUCAUUAUUAACAGAACUGAAGAAUUUCCCAUGGAAAAUAUUAGGAUUAAAAAUGGCAUUGUUGACUGUGGGAAUUGAUUGCCAAUUUGCUUAGACUAGAGUUACCGUUAUAUGUUUUCAGGUACAAACAAUUUGAAUAAGAUUUAACAAGCCAUUUUCGCCACUUUAAUGCUUUACGGAAUCUCUACAUACAAUCACACGACAAUUUGAAUUUGGAGUAGCAUUGGCCAGUUGAAUAACUGUUGAAUAUGUGUACGGAACGAAGCUCAUAUUCAAGGAGAUGCUCUAAUCAUACAUUAGAAAAGUUAGAUGAACUGAGCUUAUGUGAGUGGAGCGAUUAGUACGUUACUUCUUUCUGUGAGGUGUCAGUUACACUAAGUCGCGUGACUUUUAAUGACCGUAAUAUUGACCUUUUUUUUUUGGGGGGGGAUGUGGUUUCAAUGUUUUUGUUACUUCAGUUGAUAUUAACGAGCCGAAACAUGUUGUCUGACUGUAAAAACCACUUUAUUUCUAAAAUUUGCUCAAAGUAGCGUAGGAUUCCCCUCCCCUAAAUAAUGUAUAGCAUUUUUUUUUAUCUCAAACUAAGCAAAUCUUUGCUACUGCAAAAUAACCUUUCAAUAAAUAGUGAAUACAGAAUCACGUGAUUUAUGUAUGAAGAAAAUAUUCUUUCGAAGUGCCACCAAUACACCUCCACUUACAUAACGCUCUGUCAUUAGAUGUUUUUGCUUUUCCACUACAAAAUGGCAACAACUGUUCAUUGUUCUUCGAUGUUAGCUCUAAUCAUUCUGCUGGACAAAUUUUGGAGCUUUUUUUUUUUUCAUUUUGGUAGCUUUUAAACGACAACUGCUCUGUGAGCGAGUGUACUUGGAUGUAUUAUAAUGUGAUCUUAAUAUAUAUAUAUUUCAAAUUAUAUUUGAAAGUGAAUAAAUUUCUAUGUAAAUUUACGUGUUAAA